UGGGGAAGCCCCCGGGCGCUGCCGCCUCUUCCCUCGCUACUAGUCAGGUCGGACGGGAUAGGGCGGGGUAAGGGGGCACUUGGGUGUGCAUUCAGACUCCCAGCACUUUGCUCUCACACAGCCGAGGCUCCUUCCUCUUCUGUUGGGGGAAGCCAGGACCUUGCCGCCCCCCGCUGGAAUAUGGAGCUACUGUCGCCGCCGCUCCGUGACGUAGACUUAACGGGCCCCGACGGCUCUCUCUGCUCCUUUGCCACAGCGGACGAUUUCUAUGACGACCCAUGUUUCGACUCCCCGGACCUGCGCUUCUUCGAGGACCUGGACCCGCGCCUGGUGCACGUGGGCGCGCUUCUGAAGCCAGAGGAACACUCUCAUUUCCCCGCUGCCGUGCUCCCAGCCCCCGGUGCGCGCGAGGACGAGCAUGUGCGCGCGCCCAGCGGGCACCACCAGGCAGGCCGUUGCCUACUGUGGGCCUGCAAGGCGUGCAAGCGCAAGACCACCAACGCCGACCGCCGCAAGGCCGCCACCAUGCGCGAGCGGCGCCGCCUGAGCAAAGUUAAUGAGGCCUUUGAGACCCUCAAGCGCUGCACGUCGAGCAAUCCUAACCAGCGGUUGCCCAAAGUAGAGAUUCUGCGCAAUGCUAUCCGUUAUAUCGAGGGCCUGCAGGCUCUUCUGCGCGAACAGGACGCCGCGCCCCCUGGUGCCGCCACCGCCUUCUAUGCGCCCGGCCCGCUGCCCCCCGGCCGCGGUGGCGAGCACUACAGCGGCGACUCAGACGCGUCCAGUCCGCGCUCCAACUGUUCCGACGGCAUGAUGGACUACAGCGGUCCCCCGAGUGGCACCCGGCGGCGAAACUGCUAUGAAGGUGCCUACUACAGCGAGGCGCCCAGCGAAGCCCGGCCCGGGAAGAAUGCAGCGGUGUCGAGCCUAGACUGCCUGUCCAGCAUCGUGGAGCGCAUCUCCACCGAGAGUCCCGCAGCGCCCGCGCUGCUGCUGGCCGACGCGCCACCGGGGUCGCCUCCACGCCCGCAAGAGGCUACCGCCCAAAACGAGGGCGAACUCGGCGCCCCAACCCCGUGCACUCCAGUCCCAAGUGCAGCAGGUGUAACCGUAACCCACCCCCACUCCGUCCCCCGGUUCAGGACCACUUUUUGUAAUACUUUUGUAAUCUAUUCCUGUAAAUAAGUGUUGCUUUGCCAGAGCAGGAGCCCCUAGGGCUGUAUUUAUCUCUGAGGCGUGGUGUGUGGUGCAGCAGGGACUUUGUACGUUUAUAUGUCAAGUGGGCGAGCCGCGGGCGCUCGCUCAGGUGUUCCAAAUAAAGACGCUAAUUUA